AUGAAAGAGAAUCAAUCUAUGAAAGACGAGAUUAAAAAAUUAAAAUCAGAUAAUGAUAAAAUAAACGAGGAGAAGUUAAUUAACUUAGAAACCAAAUUAAACAAUCUUGGAAAUAAUACAGAUGUAUCUAAUAAGAUUGCAGGUAAUGAUGUAAAUAGAGAGUUAUUAUCUGAAUUAAAUAAAAAGAUAACUGAGCUUAUUAAAAGUAUUAAAACAAGUCAAGUAAAAGUUGAUAUAAAAGAGUUAGAAAAAUUAUUAGAUAAAGCUUUUGAUAAACACUGUAAAAUUUUUAAAAAAGAAGAUAAUAAGACGAAGAAGAAGGUAAUUGAAGACAAAGAUGCUAUUCUUCUGUUAAAAUCAAAAAUUGAAUCUUUAGAAAUUGAGAAUAAAAAAUUAAAAGAACAACAAAGAGAAGAAUGUAAUAACACCAUUUUCCCAGAAUUAACCAUGUUGAAAUGUAAUCAAUAUGAUAAAACUUUAGUUACAAGUAACAACCCUCUUGAAGAAAAAGAAAUUAAAAUUAAGGAUUUAACCAAUAAAAUUAAAACAUUUGAUGAAAGUGAAACUAAUGAAAAAGCACCUAAAAGGGGUAAAGCUAUAAAGACAAAUGUUAAAAAAAAUAGCAAAGUUCCUAAGAAAAAUAAUACCAAUAAGGAAACUAAGAAAAAGACCCUUAAGAACACUAAAACUGAAAAUGAAGCUAAAAGUGGAAUAAGUGUCACCAACAUACUUAAAAAUGAGAAUAAGAGUUAUUUCAAGGAUUUGUCGUUUUUUACUUCAACUGAAUACGAUAAAUAA